AUGGACUAUGGGUCGAAUCUGGCAAUCCGAGUUAUCAACACUAGGAUUUGGCCGGAGCACCGGAGCUUCAAUGACGAUAGGCUCAAGCCAGUGCUGGUGAAGUGGAAGGAGGAGUGUGUCGCUAGAAAGGGUGUUUCGGCAAGCUCGUGUAAUAGAAAGCUGAUUGGAGCGAGGCUCCUUCACCAGAUUUAG